AUGGCUAAAACUCUAGAAGCAAAGAUAACCAGUGCACCAAAUGAAGAAAAAGAGUGGAAAGAUAUCAAGCGAAAACUAGCAACAACAUCACUCAAGGGUAUAGUCAUACUUAAUGUUGGAGGCGAUAAAUAUGAAACAACGAUUGAUACUCUCACAAAUGAGAAAAAUACCUUUUUUACGGACCUAUUUUCUAAGGAAUCGGAACUCGAACGAGAUCCUAUUGAUAAAAGCAUUUUCAUCGAUCGAAACGGCAAAUUAUUUACUUACAUACUUGAAUAUAUGCGCACAAAUAUCGUCCCAAUUGAUGUUAUGGAAGAUGAUAUACUUGUACAUAGUCUUAUCAUCGAAGCCAAAAAAUUUCGUAUGCAAAAUCUUAUCAAUAUUUUAACACAAGCUGAAAAACGAAUAGCCGAAGCAGCAGAAAGGCAGCGUCACGAGGUAGAAACACAGCGUCGUGAGGCAGAACAGCAACGUGAUGAAGCUCUGCGACAACGUCAAGAAGCAGAGCGCCUUAUUAUCGAAAACUGUUUUCCGAUUGAAACGUUGCUUCAACCAGAACAGAAGAUGAAACUCAAUGAAUUCUAUGGCAAUCGUUAUCAAAGAUGGGAAUUAAUUUAUAAAGCAUCACGUGAUGGUUUCGAUGCAAAUGCAUUUCAUACACGCUGCAAUGACAAAGGACCAACAAUAACAAUUGUUCGAUCGAACAAUAACUUUAUUUUUGGAGGUUAUACAGCUGUUUCAUGGACUUCGGAUGGUAACUAUAAGAACGAUACCAAUGCAUUCUUAUUCACUUUGGUAAAUCCACAUCAGAUUCCACCUACUAAAUAUCUCAUCGAUGCU